AUGGGAGUCUCUUUUGUGGAAUUCAGUUAUGUUGCACCAGAAUAUGCCAAUACAGGCUUGUUAAACGAGAAGAGUGACAUUUACAGCUUUGGAGUCCUCCUGCUAGAAUCAGUUACUGGAAGGGAUCCUGUAGACUAUGGUCGGCCUGCUGACGAGGUUAAUCUUGUCGAGUGGCUAAAAAUGAUGGUUGGGACAAGAAGAGCUGAAGAAGUUGUGGACCCAAGUCUUGAAGUUAAACCGACAACACGUGCUUUAAAACGUGCUCUUUUGGUUGCACUUAGAUGUGUUGACCCUGAUGCAGAAAAGAGACCUAAAAUGACUCAAGUUGCACGAAUGCUUGAAGCUGAUGAGUAUCCCUUUCGUGAGGAUCGGAGGAACAGAAAGAGUCGUACAACUAGCAUGGAAAUUGAAUCCAUGAAGGAGGAAUCGACAGAAACUGAAAGCAAGGUAGUGGAUUCAGAGAGCCAUCAACUAUCUGAGACAACUCAUGGAUAG